AUGAGCUCCCAAACAGCACCUAUCACGUCCACCUCCCCUCUAGUUACCCUCAAUAUCCGCGGCCACGCGACCGUCCGCCGCCGUGCCGAGUUCGUGCGCGUCACCGCCAACAUCCUCUUCGAGAGCUCAGACAACAACGAGCACCUUCCCGGCAUCGUUGAGUGGUGGAACGGCCCCGUCAUAAACACCGAUUCUCGGCUCGUCCACCCCGCGGAGAUGCCCUGGGCUCCCAGAAUCACGCGCAUGUACCGCGGAACCACCUCGCUGCGCGUGCUCUUCCGCAGCUUCCGCCAGAUGUGCUCGUUCAUGGACGCCUAUCGCGGUGAGGUGUGCAUCAGCUUCGCGACACCCGUUUGGGAAGUUGGCCCAAAUUCGCGCGCCUAUCUAUGCAGCGCUGCAACCCAGGCCGCGUACCAGGAUGCCCGUGCCCAGGCCGAGGCCUACGCCGUCGCCCUCGACGUCCUCGGGUCGCCAUCUACAACUCCUACCACCGACUCGGGGUUCGCGCUCACCGAGCUGUCGCAGGUGCCGUUACAAAGGGUAAUACGCAGCAUCGACAUUAUGCAGCAGGACGCACCAAUGUUUAAGUCCACAGCGGGCAACGGCGGGCAACGACAACAUGACGGCGGGCCAGCCACCUCAUCAAGGGACGGGUCAGAUCUAUGA